GAUAGUGGUGGGGGUAUGCCGGCUCCGAGCAGCUCAGCUCAGGCAGGGGUCGACCGUGUGUCGGCGCGUCAGUCAGGCUCGAGACACCCGCGUGAACGGUGGGAUCGGUGCUUGCCUCCCCUAUUUUUCGCUCGUUCUUGUACUACGGAUGCGCCUCCCCCUCCAUCUGCGUCCACCGCCUACGUAAAAAAAAAGAAACAAAAGAAAAGGAAGCAGUGUCUCACGGAGUGUCCUAUAAGGCGUAUUAUUACCGUUUUCUUCUCUCUCUCUGUCUGUCUAUCUGUCUGUCCGUCUAUCUGUCUCUUUCUAUCUCUCUAUCGGUCUAUCCUGUGUAUCCUUUUCUCUCUAUCUAUCUUUCUUCCUCUCUCCGCAUCCGUCUGUGUAUCUUUAUAUCUAUCUUUCUCUUUCACCCACAUUUUACAUUUCUAUAUCUUUCUUCUUCUUCUAUCAUUUUCUUCCAUCUCGCGUGUCUCUCUCUUUCUCUCUCUUUCUAUUUUCUCUUCGUCCGGUAAAGCAGAAAAGGACGACGUAGAAGAAACAGUAGAAGAGGAGGAGGAGGAGAAGAAGAAGAAGAAGAAGAAAGAGAAGGAGAAGACGACGAAGAAGGAGAGAAAGAAAAGGAGAAGAAAAGAAGAGAAAAGAGAGGAUCGACGUCCCAAGUCGGAGCAAGGACGAGGACGACGGCGGCGGCUACGGUGUCCUGGGGGUGAAUUAGCGCGAGGGUGGAGUACAACUUGCGCAAUAAUGGCGGAGGUUGCAACGAAGAAGUCAAUAAGCGUAGUAAGUAACAAGAAGAACGAGGUUUGCGGUGUUCAAUCUAACAACGGUUUGAUCGAUUUGGAUAACAUUACCGCGACACAUAACAAGCAACUAAUAUCACUCUGUGACAACAACGACGACGAGGACGAUCUCGUUUUAACGAACAACACGCGCAACGAAUUGGCAACGGAAGACAAGAGCCUUCAGGAAUUGAUAGAAAAUGAAUUGGCCUUGAGAAUAUGUUCGAACAACGGAGAUAAAAAGAAGAAGAAGAAGAAGAAGGAUGAUGACGACGAUGACGAUGACGACGACGACGGCGACGACGACAAUGACGGUAACGGUGACGGUGACGGUGACGAUGAAAUUGACGAGGUUGACGACAACAACGAUAUCGAUAAUCAAGAUGAAAAGAAUCGAUUAGUAAAAAUGGAUGAAAUUGAGGAACAACAAACUGGUCAGCCGGAUACGGUAAAGAGGAUUCUACUUGACCGACAGGAGGAUCAAUUUCGCGUUAACACUGAUUUCAUUGUUGCCGAAUUAGAACAUUGUGCGUUGAUCGGGGAACCUUACGGUUACCAAAAUGGCCACGUAUCGCCUAUAACCAAUGUAAAGCCUGAAGAUGGUGCCAAUGAAAGUAAGAAAGAAAUUGUAGAUUUUGAUAAGGAUAAGAUCGAUGAUGAUGAUGAUGAUGAUGAUGAUGAUGAUAAGGAUGCCAUGAUUAUGAAGAAAACGAACGAUGAAAUCGAACGUGAAAGGAAGGAGAAUGAAAAGAGUGAGGAGAAGGAGGAAGGAUCGAUCGAGAACGAGAACGAUUUAUUCUUAAGAUCUACUAAAACGAAUCGAUCCAGCGAAGAAGUCAUAGCUAAUCUCGAUGACGUUAAAUUCGAAUCCGAUGAUAAUAACGUUGAUGUUGAAUCGAAUCGAUCGAUGGAGAUUAAUAUUUCUAAAGUCGUGGAUAAUUCCUCUCCUUUGUCUUGUGGCGACAAGUAUCAACAGGAGGAGGAGGAGGAGGAGGAGGAGAAUAAAUUGAUCGAGAGUAAAUCAUUUUUGAAAGAUACGAUUGAACUCGUGGAAACAGAUUUAGGGAAGGAUGAAUGUCUUGAAAAGAAAACUACUUGGACGAACGAGCAGGAAGAAGUAAUAAUGGAUGGUCAACAAUCGGGAGGACAAUUUUCCGACAAUUUCGAGGAUCCUGAACAAGUCGCAUUGACGUCGGUUAUCAAUGAUAAAUUAAAAACGAUCGAUACGAAGGAAUCGUUGAUCGAUAAUACGACGGAAUAUUUUCGUAACGAUGAAAAUGUCGUCGUAGGAGGAAACACGACCAACAACGAGUCAUCGGCUAUGAUUAUGGAUACGAUCGCGGAGGUUACGAACAAAGUAAUGGAAAGUCCUCAAGAUGUUUCGUCGAACAAAUCGAGAAGUUUCGACGACGUCACGUUGAGCCAAUCGGAAACAUCGACGGACGCUGCGAGUACUCAAGAAUUCAUCGACAUGGAACGUCGUGUAUUGAGCGAGGAAAAUGAAUCAAAUGUAGAACGCAACGUCGUCGACGACGAUGAUACCAAAAAAAUGUUGGAAGACGAUUUAAUAGAUCGUAGAAACGACGUUACAUUGUUGACGAGUUAUAGCAAUGAAACUACUAGGGAAUUCGAUUACGAUGAGACUGCUAAUGAUUCGAGAAACGAGAGAUUUGAAGAUAACGAUAAAUGUCAAAUGUCGGAUUCAACGGUUUUGUUAGAUAAUACGGAGGUCGUCGUCAGCGCCCAAAAUUUAGCGAUCUUUUCUGAAAGCAAACGAGUAGAAUCGUUGUUGAUCGAUUCGGUCGAUCAAUCGACCGAUCAAGCUCAUAAAUUCGAUUCAUGGAUGACCGUUGAGGAAGCAACGAGAAUCGAGGAGGAUGUUGAAAUCGAAAAGGAGAGACAUCACGAGGAAAUAUUAACGAUAGAAAGGGAGGACACUAACGAGACGAUCAUAACCGAUAGCGAUAGGUCGACUCAAGACGAUCACCUUGCUGCUUCCUCUCCCCGUGCACCCUUAGCUACUCCGGAUGACGAGACGAGCGAUAUUAUUAACGUGUGCGAUAGCGAAAGUCGCGAGGAGAAGAUAACAACGACGAGCAGUACGACGGCGACAGCGACAACGGUGAUGAGCAGCUCGUCUAAGGGUGCUGCCAGUGUUACUAAUAAAACGAAGAAGAAGAAAAUCGAGGGGGUAGCUGGUAACGAUGCAUCCCCUAAUCUUACUCCACGUACUAAGAAAACUAAGAAGAGUAAGAAGAGUGAUUUAGAAAAGGAGAAUAUAUCUGUGAACUCUGAUUUGCAAGACGCAAGCAUGCAUACUGGCUCGAGAAUGAUCAACCAAGAGACGAUCGAUUUCUCCGACGAGGACGAUCUAUCGAACGUCAACGUUAAAUCGUUGACACAGAAUUACGUGUCCGAGGCGAAUCGUAACGAGCAGGAAAGAUCUAACAAGGAACGAAUCGCGACCGGUGUCUCUAUUAAACAGUUGUGUCGUAGCUUUGGCGACAUCUCGAACAUGAGCGAGGCUGAUCAGGCUACUUUUGGAAGAACAAAUUCCGUGGAAAUCGAGGAGAAAGCAAAGUCAAUGGGUGAUCUGAGAGUAUGCGAGCAGGGUUUCUCCAAGUUCUACAAAGACGCACCCGUCUUCGCCGGGGUGUCGGUCAAGGCCCUCAGGGCUUCCUACUGUAGUUUGGCAAACCUAACAAGCGAGGGUAAAGAGAAGGAUCGAAUUCUUGGGAGGCCGAGGUUUGAGAAAUCGAGUUUCAACAAGUUCGACGCACUGAGCAAAAAGACGGUUCUCCAUGUGCGCUCGGUCGAUGCAGGGAAAGUUCAACAACAAUUGAACUCCGUGGGCCAAAAUGGCGAAGCAAACCAAAAUUGCCGGAGUUGCGGCAAGGUCGUGUUCCAAAUGGAACAGACAAAAGCCGAGGGUUUGGUCUGGCAUAAGAAUUGCUUCCGGUGCGUACAGUGCAGCAAGCAGCUUAACGUCGACAAUUAUGAGAGCCACGAGAGUACGCUUUACUGUAAGCCCCACUUCAAGGAACUCUUCCAACCAAAACCGGUCGAAGAGUCCGACCAAUCUGUGCGACCUCGAAAGCCGGAGCUGAUCAUACGGGAGAACGAGCCGAAAGAGUUGCCGCCCGAUGUGGUCAGAGCGUCAGAUAAACCAGACCUUGGAUUGGAAGAGUUGUCAAGUUUGAAUGUAAAGUCACGUUUCCAAGUCUUCGAAAAAGCUGGUACGGAAAACACGACGAAUGAGAUCGAAAGGUCGCCCUCUCAGAUAGCCGUGAAGAGAUCACCGAGUAUUCUCAGCAAACUUGCCAAGUUCCAAGCAAAAGGCAUGGACAUCGGGGUCGCGGACGAAUCUCUUAAUGGAAUACCGUACGAAGAAUCCAGCGAGAGCGAAGAGGAAGAAGCGGCCGAAGACAUUGAAGAGGUGGAAACCGAAAUCGUGAAAGCGAAACGUACGACUCGCGAACGUCCGAUAAGUUUCUCCAAAAUGGAUGAUAUAAAGAAUCGAUGGGAGAGUACCAGUCAACAAGGAAGACGCGAAGUUCAACGGGAAGCCAGGAAGGAGGAGAUUGCUGGAAUACGUUCGAGACUUUUUAUGGGCAAACAAGGUAAAAUGAAGGAAAUGUACCAGCAAGCGGUUGCCGGAAGCGAACGGGUAACGAAGAUAAACGCCGCGGAAGAAAUCCAACAUUCGACCCACGCUCGUUCUAUCAAAGAGAGAUUCGAAAGAGGAGAACCUAUCGCCGCGUCGGACGAUGAAACCGACAGCAAACCAAAACCGGAGAAGGCCGACGAAGAGGUCAUCGCUGCUGGUAUAAGCAGAAAAUCCCGAUCGCUUUUCCUAGAACUUGACGCUUCAGCAGCAAAGACCGGACGUCCUGUCACUCCGGUAAAUCCAAAAACACCAGCUGACGCGCCGAGGCGUGCGCGUGACGCGUUCAUGGUUCGUCAAGUAUCGGACGACGUCGUACGCAGUUCGGACACAACCGAGGAGGUUCACGUCGAGACAUCGGAUAUUUCGAACAAGUUCAAAUUUUUCGAGUCUUACAAGGAACCAGAGAAACAACGGAAACAAUUUCGAAUUACACCGCCACGUGAUGGCCAAGUCAAGCAGAUGGAUUCGCCGGAGCGUGAAAUAUAUCGUGAUCCUGACGUUGUGAGAGCCGACGAUAGAGUGGACGAAGUUGUACACACAGACACAGCGAGAAA